UUUUUUCCAAGUCUACUUUAAAAUGUACAAUUUCCUAGGACAGGGAAAUUAGUUUUUACGGAGUCUUAACUCCAUGCUAUGAGCACCAUAACCAAUUACCGGCCAGACCAGCCCAGCGCUAGCUCCACGACCGAGAGGCAAGCAGACGGUAAUAAAUACUACCCAGAUGGACGGAUCCAGCGUCUUGGACCACAGCAAGACUAUCGGGGGAUAUGGCGCGGGACAUGGAGGGAGGCAUGAAGGUGUGCAGGCCCUUCAUCAGAAAGCACAAAUCCUGCUGACUCUAUUGAAAGAAUAUCUGGCCAAAGCGGACAUGAGUCGUCAGUCUGGUGGAGAACGAGGCUCAGUGGAAACUGAGAACUAUCUUGACAUUUCCACCAUGGUCCUGGAUCAGCUGUAUGCCUGUUGUGUGGACCUGCUACAGAUGGGUCAAUCCAGGAAGGGCAUCAUGAGGAGUAUGGAACAGGGUCGGGAGCAGCUGAAGAUAAUGGUCUUCAGUAAGAGCAGCCAGGGUCACGGGGUACGGAAGAACCGGGGCAGCUCCAUAGGGCACGAUGGAGGAGGGAAGAACUUCCAGCAGGCCAUGGCCUGGAUCGCCCAGCACAAACGCCUGAUAGAGACCUCUCCUUGGGGGGGUGACCAGGACAUCAUCGAGUGGCAGAUGACGGAGCACAACAAGUUCCACAGCUCCAUCCAGAGGAGCCUGGAGGUGGAGCAUGCCCGGACCGAGCUGGUACAGUCACCGAGAGGGGGGGGUUUGCAUUUUCUGGAGCAGGAGUGGGACACUCUACAGAAAAUGUCCUGGAGCAGGUCCAAUCAGCUUCAAGACCUAUCAAAGAUCUUCAAGGAUAUCUCCGUGGAGAUCAUAUGGGUGAAGGAACGUAAGGAAGAGGAGCUGGUGUUUGACUGGGGUGACAAAAACAUUGACAACUACAUCCCCAAGAAGCAGGAUAGCUACUUGAGGCUGAUGCGUGACCUGGAGAAGAAAGAAAAGGAUCUAAAUAAACUCAGUGCAAAUGUGGAAAGCCUUCUGAACUAUAAUCACCCUGCUGCUGAUAAGAUUAAGGCCUACAAGGACACUCUGCAGACCCAGUGGAGCUGGCUGCUUCAGAUCACCAAGUGCAUCGACACACACCUGAAGGAGAACGCUGCUUACAGCCAGUUUUUCAAGGAGGCAAACAAAAUGCUUGUCAAGCUGCAGGAGGAACACGAAAACAUCCAUAAGAGGUAUACCUAUGACAGAGACACCCCACUGGAGAAGCUUCAGGACCUUCUCAAGAACUUGGAGAGAGAGAAGGAGAUGAUCAUGAAGAACAAGUGGCAGGUGCAGCACCUGGUCAACAAGUCCAAGAGCAUCGUGAGACUGAGGCCCCGCAACCCGCACGAGAAGAGCAGCAGUCCUGUGAUCGUCAAGGCGCUGUGUGACUUCAAAGAGGACCAGAAGCAGAUCCUGAAGGGUAAUGAGGCCAUCCUGACAGAUAACUCCCAGCACAGCAAGUGGCACGUGAAGGGGCCCGGGGGUUUGGACAUGCCCAUUCCCUCCGUCUGCCUGCUGGUGCCCCCUCCCAACCCCCUCAGCAUCAGCCUGGCCAACAAGACUGAGCAGCUCUUUGAGACCAUCAUGGGGAUCUGGAACCAGCUGUUCAUCAACAUCAAGAGCCUGAUAUCCUGGCGCAACUGCAUGAAAGACAUUGAGCACAUCGAGUCGCUCACCAUUACCAUGGCGACCAACAUGCGGCCAGAGAAGUACCGAAAAAUCAUCAAGAGCCUGGAGACGAGCUACCAGGAGUUCCGGCGCAGCUACGUGGGCUCAGAGAUGUACACCAACGAGGACAAGACGCAUAUAGAGAACCAGUACCAGUAUGCUUUCGAGAAGCUGGUGGGGCUGCCCACUUACGUAGAUGGAAGUCUGCUAUCCGAGCUUCAUACCCUGCGGCAGAAGCUGGAGGAGACCGAGUCAGGCUUGACCCAGCACAUCCACAUACCCCUGGGGGAGAACAGCGUCCACGAGUGCUCCCAGCGCAUUGUGCGCAUGGAGGGCAUCAACCAGGACUUGGACCCUAUCCGUGAGGAGUAUGUGAAGCUGAGGGAGAAGAUCCUGUUCCAGCUCGACGGGAUGAAGGACACGGACAAGGCCAAAUUCCUAUGCUCUGAGCUCAACCUCAUCAACCGGAAGAUAGGGAGCCUGGAGGGCUUCUCCUCCUCCUACACAGAGAGGCUGAAGGCACUGCAGGCUCUACAACAAAGCCUGCUCCAGGCGGAGGACAUUGUGAAAGUGCAUGAGGCCCGUCUGACCGAGAAGGAGACCUUGUCUCUGGAGCCGAGGCAGCUGGAGGACUAUCGGGCCAUUCUGAAGAAAAUGAAGCAGGAUCUGGACCAGAGGGACGUCCUAAAGAAGCUGGAGUUGAAGCUUGGGAAUGCUGAGCGCUGGAAUGAUCAGAUCAGCCAGUCCUUCCACAAGUGUGAUGUAGACCUGUCCAGAUACCGGGAGCAGGUCACCCAGAUGAGCGACCGAUGGCGUCGCAUCCUGUCCCAGAUCGACAGCAGGGUGAGGGACCUGGAGAAGCAGCAGCAGCAUCUGCAACAGUACCAGCAGAGCAGAUCUCAGGUCAGCAACUGGAUCGAAAACACCCAACAGAAGCAGGACUCCCUGCUGUCUAACAAGUUAUCCGAUGUCAAUACGCUCAUCAAGCACCUCAACCAGCAGAAGACGCUCUACUCUCAAAUCAAAGGAAAGAAGGACAAAGUUGAAGAUGUUGUGAGGGACGCGAACACCUGUGCAUCCUCAAUCACGGACUACGAGCUGGAUCUGGCCUCAUACGGCGCAGGCCUGGAGACACUGCUCAACAUCCCCAUCAAGAGAACCAUGCUGCAGUCUCCAGCUACCGUUGUCAGGGAAGAGGCUAGUGACAUCCAGUCCAAGUACAUCGAGCUCCUCACCCGCUCAGGUGACUACUACAAGUUUCUGGGGGAUUUGCAGAAGAACAUGGAGGAGCUGAAGAUCAGAAACACCAGAAUUGAUCUUUUGGAAGAAGAGCUAAGACGCUUCAAAGAGGAAGCUCAGGAUCAGGGCCAGAAGAACCGGUCCCUGGAGGACAGCCUGGCUCGUUACCAGCUGGAGCUCUCCCAGUCCAAGGACCAACUCCUGUCCAUGGAGGAGGUCAAACGGACCCAGGCCUUACAGUGCAAUACUGCCAAAGAGAGCCUGGACAGCACCUACAGCCAGGUGAAGGACCUGGACGACAAGGUGACCCACCUCACCUAUGCACUAGACGAGGAGAAGAGGAAGCGUCGGCUGGCAGAGGAGAGGUACACCAACCAGCAGGAGGAGUACGACAUCAUCGUCCGCAAAAGGCAGAGGGAGCUGGACGAUGUCAGCCGCUCCAAGCUGGAGAUCGAGAAGACCAUCAAGGAAAAGGAGCGGGACAUCGAGAGGCUACGGAUGCAACUGGAGGACGAGGAGGCCCGUAGGAGAGCCUCUGAUUCCGAGCUCUCAAAGGUAAGGAACAAGUAUUGCCAGGAAAUAAAUAGCAUUAAGCAGUCGUACGAGACGGAUAUCCAUGUCACCAAGACGAGUAUCCAGAAGCUGGCCCAGAGGAAGGAUGAGGACUUGGCCGACCAGAGCAUGGAGUAUGAGAUACUAGUUGAGGAGAAAAAUGAGCUGGAGGAGGAUCUGAGGAAGCUCAGGCUGUCUCUCAGCCAAGCGGAGGAGAUGAAGAGGAAGGCAGAGGAGGAGCUGCGCCAGUGGAGGACCUUGGGGACGGAGGAGGGGAGGAAAAGGAGGGAGCUGGAGAUCCAGCUCGAGACCUUGGUCAGGGAGAGGGAGGAGUUUGAGCUGUGGCAGAAGGAGACACUAGCAGGUGCCUCCAAAGCAUCAAAGGAUAAGGAUCAGAAGAUUACCCAGCUGUUGCAGGAGGUGGAGGACAAGAAGCGGAAAAGGAGGGACUUUGAGGCAGAGAAUAGCGGCCUGCGGAAGGCCCAGACAGAACUACAGUCCAAGCAUACCUCCACCUUGCAAAUUGUCAGCAGAGUGAAGGCAUCAGAGGAGGAGGUUGGUACAGUCAAGGCAGAGCUGGAGAGACAGAAGGCCGAUAAGGCCAAGGGUGAGCAGCACAUUUCCAGGCUGGAGAUACAAAUAAAGGACCUGCAGCGGAAAUCUGGGGAGCUGGAGGCUGAGGCCCAGCGGCAGAGGGAGGCGGCCCAGAGAGAGGCGGCCCAAAGGAAGAAGGUGGAGGUUGAUCUGGAGAAGACCAACCUAACCUGCAAGGGACACAUCAGCACCAUCACUCUUCUGAUGAAGGAGAAGGAUGAGUCAUCCAGCUCCGGUCAGAAGGCCAAGCAGGAGCUGCGGAGCCUCCAGGAGAGCCUGGACAAGGCCCUGAGGGACUACAGAGAUGCCAGAGAGAAGCUAGACAGGCUGACUGCCGAGCUGAAGGCCCUGCAACAGCAGCUCACCCAGGAGCAGGCGCGGGUCAGAGAGGUCAAUAUCCGCAAUGAGACACUUUACAAGACCAUUGAGGAGAAGAGCAAGAUGCUCAGUGACCACAGCCGCGAGAUCCAGAGGCUCCAGGGCAUGACUGAGUCCCUGACUAAGGAGCGACUUAGGCUGGAGGAGGAGCUGAGGGCCCUCAGGCAGGAGAGAGAUGAGCUAAAGGAGGGGAAGGAGAAUAAUGACACCCAGAACUCCACCUACAUAUCCUCCCUUGAGGUGCAGCUACAGACCAGCAGCAAGAAAGGACAGGAGCUCCAGGACCUCAUUGACGACCUGACCAAGGAAUGGGACAGGUUGAAAGCGGAAAUUGAAACAAUCCAAAAGCAAGCGGCUGAGACAUCGGGCCUUAUGCAGGACUCCCAGACACGCUACAAGGAAACCCUCCUCAUCAGGAUCAAGAAGGUGGAGCAGGAGAAGGGGCGGGCCCAGAAGAAUGAGGAUGAGCUGUCCCGCAUCCGGUUGUCCCUGGAGACGGAGAUGCGACAGAAGCAGCAUCUGCAGGAUGAGCUGGAUCAGCUCCGGAAGGACUUUGAGUAUUGGAAGAGCCAAUAUGAGCUGAAGGAUGGGCUCCUCCGCAAGUGUGACACUGACAAGGGCAAGGCGGAGCGGGAGCUCACAUCCCUUAGGAGUGAGAUUGAGAGGCUACAGGCUGAGCUGAAAGCCUUGGAGGACCGCUACAAGGGCCGGCUGCAGAGCUCUGAACAGGAAGUGACUGAGCUGACCCGGAUCAGAGAUGAGCUAGAGAGGGAGCUUGCGUUGCUCCGGAAGCACCUGGGAGAAUUAGAAAAGAGAACAGUGGUUGAUCAUUCUGUCAUCACUACAGAAAUGGUCAUCACUACCAGCACCGCCCCUCCCGUGUCAUCAGUGAAAGAGCUGACAGUGGACGGAAACCGUGGAAAGGUCUCCAUUAAGGAACUGGACCUCCUGAACGCCUUAGACGUCAAGAAAAUUGGUGAGGGCCUGCUCACCCCCGAGGACAUUGGGAGCAAGCUAAAGACAUACCUACACAGGUCAGACUGCAUCGCAGGAAUCUUUCUUGAGAAGGAAAACAGUACCCUCCCCAUCUACCAGGCUAUGAAGGAGGGCCUUCUCCGCCCAGGCACCACCCUAGAGCUUUUGGAAGCACAAGCUGCCUCUGGUUUUAUGAUUGACCCCCUUAACAACCUGUUCCUGACUGUGGAGGAGGCAUGGAAGAGGAACCUGAUAGGUUGGGAGUUCAAGUCCAAGCUGCUGUCGGCUGAGAGGGCCGUCACAGGCUACAAUGACCCACGCACAGGCAAAAUCAUCUCCCUCUUCCAGGCCAUUGAGAAAGGCAUCAUAGAGAAAGGGCAUGGAAUCCGCCUGCUCAAGGCCCAAAUUGCAAGCGGUGGUAUCCUCGACCCCAAGGAGAACCACCGCAUUGAUGUGGACAUAGCCUAUCGCCGGGGAUAUUUUGACAAGGAGCUGAAUGACAUAUUAGCCUAUGAAGGGGAUGACACCAAGGGCUACUUUGACCCCAACACAGAGGAGAACCUUACUUACCUGCAGCUGAAGGAGAGGUGCAUCAAAGAUGAGAAGACUGGCCUGGUCCUGCUUCCCCUUUGGGACAAGAAGAAACAGGCCUACCCCGGGGGGCUCCUUGACUACGACACUUUCUUAGAGCUGUCGGAGCAAGAGUGCGAGUGGGAAGAGAUCACGGCGGCCGGUCUGGUGGUGGUGGAUCAGAAUGACAUCCAGGACUACCUGGACAAGGGUUUGCUUAGCCAGAGCACAGAACCGCUCCGAGUUCACCGACUAGAUCUCAACAAGACUAACACGGACUUGUCUAUAACUUCCACUUGUGCAGAGGAUGUUGCUACCUGCAGUAGCCCCACACAGAUUAGGCCCUCCUCCCCCACCGCCAGAAAACGCUUCUCGAGCAUCUCCAUAACCCUCUCUUCACUAUCAGAGAUCCUGGACGAUCAGAGCCCCAUUGCUGCUAUCUUUGACACGGAAACUGUAGAGAAGAUCACCAUCCCUGAGGCCCACCGUCGUGGGAUUGUGGACACCAUCACCGCCCAGCGUCUCCUGGAGGCCCAGGCCUGCACAGGGGGGAUCAUCAACCCAGGCAAUGCCCAGAGACUCUCGCUGCAGGAUGCUGCACAAGACAUGGCCGCCAAGCUGAAGCCCGCCCAAAAGGCCUUCCUGGGCUUUGAGGAUGUGAAGACCAAAAGGAAGAUGUCAGCAGCUGAGGCCAUGAAGGAGAAGUGGCUGCCCUACAAGGCUGGUCAGAGGUUUUUGGAGUUCCAGUACCUUACUGGGGGUCUGAUUGAACAUGGGACUAGCCAGAAGUUAUCCAUUGAGGAGGCUAUCAAUAAAGGCUGGCUGGAUAGGAGGGCGGCGCGGAGGUUGCAAGACACGCGCCUCUACCUCAAGAACCUGACCUGCCCAAAGACCAAGCUGAAGAUCUCCUACAAGGAGGCCAUGGACAACUGCAUGGUAGAGGAGGACAACGGGAUGGAGAUUAUCCAAGCCACCUCCAUCUCCUCCAAGGGGAUCAGUAGCCCAUACAAUGUGCGUUCCCACUCCGGAUCCCGCUCUGGCUCUCGAACCAGGUCCAGAACCGGGAGGGGCAGUGUGGACCUUACAACCUCCACCUCCUCCGCCUUCAGCUUCUCCUCCACCAGUUAUAGCACUAGCUCCACCUCUUAAUCGCCUCAGAGGGGUUUUUCGCGAUGACCCAUGCCAGGGGUGUUUUGUCUUUGUUUUCACAGUGUGAAACCGGUGCACUGAAACCAGGGAUAUUAAGUGAGUGAGGGGUGUUUGGGACAUUCAUGAUCAUACAAUAUUUAGGCAAGCUUAGGUGUAGACUGGUAUCAUUUAGUGGUAAGCAUAAAAAUGCUUACUUUGAUUUAACACAACUUAUACCCAGCUUCUGAUGUUAAUGCAUUUAAUGUGUUGAUGUAUUUUUUUACUUUGGGUGAUGAGGAA